AUGCUUUAAUAUCUCUAAGCAUAGCAGGAGGCUAAAGAUGACUCAAAAAUUAAAAACGAUAUAAAAUCUAAAACAAUUUAAUAGCAAUUUAAUUAGAAAAAAAAUAAAAAUUUACAUUUUCAAUAGUUUGAUAUUGAUCCAUUUGUAUUUGAGGUAACUCCUACUAGAAUAUAUUAAGAUUUGAUUCACUAAGAAAAUGAAGAAAACUAUGUUAGCGGUAGAGAUUUAAAUGAUACUUGCUUAGAAAUCAGUAGAAACUAAAAAGGUCAUCAUGCUACUAAAACUGAUUGUAAUAACAUGAACGAAGUAUAGCCACUAAACUCUACUAUUUUUCCUAAAAUUAAUCUUUUCGAAAAAUAAAAAGAGAAUCAAAAGAUGGAAUAUGUUCAAGAACAAUACAAUAAUAAUUUUUAAAAAAAGUAAAUCUAAUCUUCAUCAGAAUAAGAUAUAUGCGAUUAAGAGUUAUUAGACAAGUACAGUGAGAACAAUCGUUUAAAGAAGGAGAAGUAGCAAACUCUAAAUUGA